AUGCAAAAGCAGUCUUUCUCCUUCAAGACAGCCAAAUUCCAGAGCAUCAACUCUGAGAGUGGUACCCAGCAAAAGAGAGACUUGCAAAUGAGAAAAGAGUCUUUGAAAACAAGAUCCAAAUAUGACUUGUUGAAGAACUCCGUUGAGAAAUUGUUGAAUGCAAGAAGUCAAAAUAAGCAAAAUAUUGAGGCUAAGUCCAAGCUUCUUCAAAAGAGUCAAACAAGUCUUAAAGCUAUGGAAGACCUUGUGUCCGAUCUCUCUAAAGCCAAAGUCAAGUGGGAAGCGGUUAGUCAAUCUGAAAUGGCUCGACUCGCUAAACUCAAGUCAAGAAGUGAUGCCUUGGAUCAAGAACUGUUGGGUAUGAAGACUCUCCUGACCGAAGUUGAAGAAAAAUCUGCACUAAUGAAAGAGGCUGUUGAAGUCUUGAAACAAAGAGUAUCUGGAGAUCAAAAACGUUAUGAAGAGUAUGUUGAUCAAGUACAGAUUCUUCAAAACGAAAAUCAAAACCAAGAGGAUCAUCUAGCCAAAGUAAAUGCACAACUUAACGAGAAAGAAAAGAAACGAACAGAUUUAGAAAGGGAGAUUAAAGAGAAACAAGAACUGUUGCAGUCGCUUUUUGCAAGUAUUCAGGAAACUGUGGAAAGAACACGACAAAAAAGAGAUCAAAUAUACUCCGAGCAAGAAAAGAUUGGCCGUCUUGCAGACGUGAUCAACUCAAGUAAGGUUCAGUUGGAAGACCUUUUGAGCAAUGAACGAAAAUCUUCAGUAGCCGUUGAAUCAUUAGAAAAUACUAUUGAGAACGUUAGAACUCAAAGAAAACAAACCGAAAAUGAUAUUGGUUAUAUUGAGCGAGAGAUUAAUGAUUUUAGACAGCACAAAGAUGGAUAUGAAGCCUUCAGAUUUAAGGAUGCUCUCGAAAAGCUUAAAAUUAAAGCAGGGGUUGACAAUAAUAACGAGAUGGACACGACAAAGAUCUCGUCACUUGCCCAAAAGCUGCAAAUGAAAGAAAAGUACCACCGAGAACUGAAAGAAACAUUGACAGAGGUUUUCAGUGAGUAUGAAGCUUUGAGUAAGACUCAAACCGAAUUGGACGAGGUGAGAGCGGUUUGCCUGUCCAACAUUGACAAGAUGGGCGGAGAAAUAUCCGAACUAGCUGUAUUAAGAGAACAACUCAACCAAUUCUUGGAAGAUGGGGAAAGUCAAUCAGUGUUGCUAAGAGCAGAAAUUGAAGAGUGUCAUCAAACUUUGCAGAAUCUUAACGCCGAAAUAUAUUCUUUGGAGCUUGAGUCUGAUCAAAGCUUGACCAACGCAAAGCAACUAGUUGAAGAUUUGAACGUACAAAUUGAUAAAGCAACGAACGAAGAAAAAAGUCUUUCUGAAAUGAUAGCAAAGGAAGAAUUGACAAUCGCAACUCUUUUGCAAGAGUUGGAAAAGAAGAAAGAAGAAAAGAUAACCCAAGAGCAAUAUGUAAAGAACUAUGAGAUGAAACUGUCAAUGCUUAGGGAGGAACACAUCAAUCUUCAAGCAUCUGUUAAUAAUCUUGAAAAAGAGAUUGCAGAUGCGCAAGCUGUCGGAAGAAAUAUUAAGGAUACUAUUUACGAGAAGCAAACUAUUAUGCAAAAACUAUCACAAGAAGUGGGGUUGAUGGAAGAUUUCGACCUUCACAAGUCCAUUGAAGAGUUAAAGCUGCAAGCCCUGAAGGAGAUGGAAAGUUAUCAGCAAGAAAUCUCUAAAAAGUAUCAAGAUAUGUAUGAAAUGGAGAAACAAGCUCUUACUAACAAGAAAAAAGAAGUGGCUUCAAAGCUGCAAGCACUGCAAGAGAAUUACCAAAAAUCACUUCAAGACUUGGACAAUGCCAUUCAAUCAUUAUCCGAAAAAUUACAAAGUGGGAAUGUUGAAGAUGUUAAGGUACCUGAAAAACGUAAAUCUGACCCACUUGAAAUGCCCUUCACUGAGCCGCUAUUCUCUAUCAACUUUGAUGACGACUUAUUCACUGACAAUGAAACUGCCAAGGAGAAGAAUUUCGAUUUCUUUGAUGAAGAUUAUUAA